CCCUCCCCCUCAGCCUAUGGAGGAUUUAUUUAUUUUCCCGUCCUCGUCUCCUCCGCUGCUGCUGCGUCUGUUAUCACCGCGAAGAACCGACGGACUGCAGCUGGACUCCGCGCCAUCAGCAGGCCUGAUCGCCGGGGAGGACCGGAGAAUGAGAACCGCCGCCGGGACGGGGAACCGACCGCUGCCGCCGCCACUAAACCCCGGAGCAGGCGACAUGACUGCGGAAUAAACAGGCGAGAGGACGCCGCUGCAUCUGUCGCGGCUCACUGUCAGCAUGUCUGGCACGGCAGGACCUGCACCGCCCGCCGGGGCCGGGCCGGGGCCGGGGCCGGGGCUGGAACUGCCAGACCUGAGCCACCUGACGGAGGAAGAGCGGAGCAUCAUCCUGUCCGUGAUGGAGAGACAGAAGAAGGAGGAGGAGAAGGAGCAGAGCACGCUCAAGGAUCAGGAGGAAGUGAAACCUUCAUCAGCCUCGUGGAAUCUGUUCUCGGGCUUCAGUCAGUUGGUCAAUAACGUUGCCACCAAUGUGUCCGAAGUUCUACAGGUUAAAAGUCCGACUGACGACGGUUCACAGAUGAAGUUACAUCAGCAGUUUGAGAUGUAUAAGGACCAGGUAAAGAAGCUGGGGCAGGAGCCUCAGGCAGCUCAGACCACGAGGGCGGAGUCUCCAACCUGUGGCAUCUGUCGCAAGACGAAGUUCGCUGACGGCUGUGGGCGGGCCUGCUGCUACUGUCAGAGCCGCUUCUGCGCCCGCUGUGGGGGGCGUGUCCCUCUGAGAGCCAAUAAGGUGAUGUGGGUCUGUAACGUCUGCAGGACGAAGCAGGAGAUCCUCACUCGCUCUGGAGACUUUCACUCCAACUCGCUGCUGCUGUCUGUCAACCACACCUCACACGGGGUUCCACACCCACCAGUGCAGGGGUCUCCGGGGGCCACGGGGCCCCUGAGCAAUGGAGCCACAGAGCGGAGUCGGAGCCCCUCGGGGUUGUACUAUGAUGGUUGGGGGGGCGGGAUGCCUCGCUCGCCCUCUGAUCUCGGUCUGGACCGCCACGCUCGCUCGCCACACGGCCGCCGUGGCAACAGGGAAGAGGAUCUGUGGAGCCGGAAGAGACCGAUCAGAGAUGGACGAGGCCGCUGGCACUCACAGGACCACCCUCUGGACCAGGUUCUGGAUGAGCGUGAGCUGCAGCGGCGACAGGAGGAAGAGUUUCAGGCCCGUUACCGUAGUGACCCAAACUUGGCUCGUUACCCGGUGAAGCCGCAGCCGAGCGAGGAGGCCAUGAGGAUGUUGGCUCAAGUCGGCAGGGUCCGCCACCAACGCCGCCACAGCGAUGUCUCCCUGGCAACCUCCGAGCCAGACCACCUCACCCUGAGACACACAGCUCUCCGUCAGAAUCGGCCUCAGGGAUUGGUCAGAUCCGGAGGUCAGAGGUCAUUCUCUGUGGACCGGGCAUCGAAUCAAGUCAGCCCCACUUCUCCCCGCCGCAGCCCAUUACUGCAGCAACAGCUGGACCCAAGCUCCGCCCACAAGAGGAAGGCAGCUAAUGAGAGCAUGGCGCAGAGAGGGCGGAGGACAGGGAAGAUGCAUGUGAUUGGUAGCUUCAGCAGCUCUGAGGAGGAGCUAGUGACCACACCUGAGUACACCAGCUGUGAUGAGCCUGACAGAGACAUGGACAGCCAAUGGUGGGAUCAUGGUUCCUGGCACGGCGAGCCUGCGCCCAUGUCUAUGCAACCAGUCACAUGGCAACCGUCCAAGGAUGGCGAACGCCUGAUUGGUCGAAUUCUGCUGAACAAGAGAAUGAAAGAUGGGACGGUUCCCGCGGAUACGGGAGCGCUGCUGGGACUCAAGGUUGUCGGAGGGAAGAUGACAGAGUCUGGUCGUCUCUGUGCGUUCAUCACCAAGGUGAAGAGAGGAAGUCUGGCUGACACCGUGGGACACCUGAGACCAGGUGAUCAGGUUCUGGAGUGGAACGGUCGGGUUCUUCAGGGAGCCACGUUUAAUGAAGUUUAUAACAUCAUCCUGGAGUCCAAACCAGAACCACAGGUGGAGCUGGUCGUGUCUCGGCCCAUCGGAGAUGUUUCCAGAGCAGGAGACGGCGCCCACGUCCAACUGGACUCCAGUUCCAGUUCCUUUGACUCUCAGAAAGUCGGUCCGUCCAUUUCUGUCACAUCUCCCAUGAGCCCCAGCAUGCUGUCCGGACAAGUGUCAACUGUGAACAGGCGUCCUCUGGUUCCCCGAAUUCAGGUGAAGCUCUGGUACGAUAAAGUUGGUCAUCAGCUGAUUGUCACGGUUCUUGGAGCCAAAGAACUUCCUGUCCAGGACGACGGCCGACCUAGGAACCCAUACGUCAAGAUCUACCUCCUGCCAGACAGAAGUGAUAAGAGUAAGCGGAGGACGAAGACGGUAAAGAAGUCAGUGGAACCGCGGUGGAACCAGACCUUCAUGUACUCUCCGGUCCACCGGAGAGACUUCAGAGAACGGAUGCUGGAGCUGACGGUCUGGGAUCAGGCCCGGGUCCGAGAGGAGGAGAGCCAGUUCCUGGGAGAGGUCCUGAUAGAACUGGAGUCGGCUCUGCUGGACGAUCAGCCUCACUGGUACAAACUGCAGCUUCACGAUGUUUCCUCUCUGCCGCUGCCCAGCGCCUCCCCCUACCUGCAGAGGAGGGGACUGCAGCCGGAGCACAGUCAGACCAGCAGGAGGCUGCAGAGGUCUCAGAGGAUCAGUGACAGUGAGUUUUCAGAUUACGACUGUGAAGACGGCAUCGGGGUAAUAUCAGACUACAGGCAGAAUGGGCGGGACUUCCACAGUUCCACCCUCUCAGUGCCAGAGCAGGUGAUAUCGUCCAAUCACUGCUCUCGAUCCGAGAUGAUCAGGAUGAGGUCACGGUCACCAAGCCAACCACCUCCUCACAGGUACAGUCGGGGAAUGGACCGGCGGGAUUACUACAGUCGCUCUCGGUCAGCUGACCAGCGAGCGAUGGCAAACCGACCCGUCUACAAACGCUCACACUCCUCGGACCGAGUGGAGUCCUUCCACCUGAGGUCCAGAUGCUCCGCCCCGCCCUCACCUGCCCUUACCAGGACGAACCCUCGAGGCGGAUCGACCCAGACAAGUCCUUCAGGAACGCCAGUCUGCAGCCGCCGAGGACGCCAGCUGCCUGCCGUCCCACCCAAAGGAGCUCCGGACAGAAUUUUGGCCACGCCCACCACAGGAGCACCAACUGCAGCUCUAGUCCCUCCCACUGCCCACAAGCAGGCCCCUCCCCCUGCCAAUCACCAACCACCUCCUCUUAUACGAAUCCAAGCCCCGCCUCCUCCUGUACCCACCCAGCCUCACCCACCUCCUGCCUCUGCACCUGCACCUGUACCCUCACCUGUACUUGUAUCUCCACCUGCACCUGUACCUGUACCUGUAUCUGCACCUGCAUCUGUGGCAGCCCCAUCCUCAAUUCCUGUCCAAGUCAAAGUCCCACCCCCAGCUCCUGCAACUUUACCUGUUUCUACUCCAGCACCUGCUGCAGCACCACCCCCACCUUCAACAGCAGUCCAAGCCCCACCCCCUGUGCUCGCAUCUGCUCCAGCAUCAGCCCCAGCAUCUGUUGUCCAUUCACAACUGCCUGUUGAACCAGCCCUGCCUCCUGCACUUGCUCCAACGCCUGCCCCCACACCUACCCCUGCCCCCUCACCUGCCCCCUCACCAGCUCCGCCCCCACAGACUCCAGAGCCAGACAGACGCUCAGCGACACCUGGAGGGACCAGAAAAGAGGUCACAUGGGAGGACCAGCAGAAGAGAACAGCCAAUGGAGACGUGUUACCACCGAGCAGAGAAGGUGUGAUGAAGGAUCCGUCAAAGAUGAGAGACAGCCUGUCCUUUAAAUCAUCAGACAGCGAUGUCAGCGACGUGUCAGCCGUGUCCAACGCCUCGGACACUCGAUCUGUCCGAAGAAUCAGCCGGGUGGAGGCUGUAGAAGGCCAAUCAGUGGAGUUGGGGGCAGGAUCAGAGGGAACACAGGAAGUGGCGGCAGAGGGCGCAGCCUCGCUGCAGAAGAGCGCAUCAGUGGAGGAGGGAGAGGAGGAGGAGGAGCCUGAGCCUUCAAAGGCGGCGUUGGUGCCCGGAGCUCCACUCACGAAGUCCUCAAGCGUUGGCGGUGAGAUCUGUUCACUGGGGAGAAACGACGACGACGACGACGACAAGAAGAGGCGCUCGAGUUUCGGAGCAAGGAUGAUGGGAAUGGUCGGACUGGGAAAGAAGAGUCAGAGCGCCUCCCAGCUCAACCCUGAGGAGGAGGAGAAGAAGAAGAAAGUGGUGAGACUUCCUGUCCAGAGGAGCGUAGAAACUGGUUUGGCUGUCGAGUUUAAAUCUCGCUUCACCCGACAGCCGAGUCGUGACCCGGACGCCGAGGACCCCAAACCCGGAGCUCUGAUAUUUCCAGGAGUGAAGUUGGCGUCAGACCAACAGUUCACUGGCUUCCUGGAGGGAUUAGGCCCCGCCCAGCUGGCUGGACGGCAGACUCUGGCCACACCCCCCAUGGGUGACAUCCAGAUCGGGAUGGUGUACAGAAAGGAGCGUCUGGAUGUGGAGGUGAUUCGAGCCCGGGGACUUGUGGGUAAACAAGGCAACAAGAACACUCCAGCUCCAUACGUGAAGGUGUAUCUGAUGGACAACGGGAAGUGUGUGUUAAAGAGACGAACUCGUCUGGCAAGAAAAACUCUCGACCCUCUUUAUCAGCAGCAGCUUCAGUUUGAGGAGAAUCCUGAGGGCAAAGUACUGCAGAUCAUCGUGUGGGGGGACUACGGUCGGAUGGAUCAUAAAUCCUUCAUGGGUGCUGCUCAAAUCCUAUUGGACGAUCUGGACCUGUCCAACAUGGUGAUUGGAUGGUUUAAACUGUUUCCUGCCACUUCAUUGGUGGACCCUGCCUUGGCCCCGCUGACCAAUAAGGAAACAGAAGGCAGCAAGUCGUAGCCUGACUUUACCCUCAUAGUAAUGGGCUGAGUGGGGGGAGGAGGGGACAUACUGUUUCUGGGCGGGGCCUAAAAAAGUCCCAUGAUCCUUCUCUGCUGUUGCAUGCUGCAUGAUGACAUCACAUCAUGUAACAGCAUCAUGAUGAUGUCACUGGGUGGAAGGAGGAGGGAGGCUCCGCCCCCUGAUGGUGACACAGAAAAUGACCACUAAGGGUGGAGCUGCUCAGCAAAGAACGCUGGGAAAAGAAAGGACAGGAGAGGCCAUGUGACCUUCAGCUGCCAGCCAAUCGCAGCAGGUCCUCGGGAGUCAUGUGACUGUUAGAGGCAUGUCGAGAGACCAUAGACUCAGUCUGUCACCUGAUAGUUUCCAUGGAGAUGCAGGAACAUGGAGGCCUGGUUCUUUGUUUUUGCAUGGAACAAUGAUUAGAACAUAAAAAACAUCAGCUGUAAAAAACAAACGAGAUCAUCGCCUGAAAAAUAAAGAUUCUCA